UCCAGGAUUGGAUGAUUUCUCUCCCUCUGCCGUUUCAUCAAGCUGGCUGGGCUUUUAGCAGGCACAGAGAAGUGUCAGAUGUGCGCUAAGGAGGAAAAAAAAAGAAAACAGCAGCCGUGUAAUCAACUGCUAAUUCGACUGUGCCCAUGCGAUUUGAUUUGACCUUUAAUUCAGGACACGGAGCCGCGAUCAGCUGAUGACUAGCCGGACAGCUGCCAUUUUGCAGGUCAAUCGGGGUUUCGCUUCAAACUUGUCCAGCGCACAAAGCCGACUAAGCUAAAUCAUUGAGCUGAGCUCGCUCCGUCGACGGCACAGCAGGGAUAUCGGAGAUGGAGAGGAAACCGGGCCGCUGUCGGGAAAUCUGAGCGAGCAUGGCCGACGGUAACACGAGAGAGAUGGAUAGAGGGAAAGGCAGGAUUACGGGCGACUCGUUUCCGAGAGGCGGGUACGCACAGCAGUACAGCACGGCUCUGCCCGCACUGCAAGGUCCCGACAUACAGGAGCUCGCGUCCAAACGCGUAGACAUCCAGAAGAAGCGCUUCUACCUGGACGUGAAGCAGAGCGCGCGGGGCCGCUUCCUCAAAAUCGCAGAGGUGUGGAUCGGCAGGGGGAGGCAUGACAGCGUGCGGAAGAGCAAGCUCACGCUGUCCAUGGCCAUGGCUCCCGACCUCAGGUACUGCCUGGGGGAUUUCAUCGAUUACUACGCGCACGUAGGCCUGCGAGGCGGCAACGCGCCACGGCCUGAAGAGCCGAGUGACGCGCAGCGAAGGCGGCAGCCUGACCAUCACGCAGCGCCCGCAUCACCCAGCGGCUCGGCGGCGUCCGAAGAGCCCGCGCACCGGGUGCUGAAGAGCGAGUCGAUCGAAGGCGACAACCGGAAGUACUAUCUGGAUCUGAAGGAGAACCAGCGCGGCCGUUUUUUGCGCAUCCGGCAGACCGUGAGCAGGGGGCAGGGCGCAGUGGGGUACUACGGCCAAGCCGUGGAGCAGACCAUCGUGCUGCCCGCGCAGGGCUUAAUCGAGUUUCGGGACGCGCUCUCGCAGCUCAUCGAGGACUAUGGCGACGAGCGCGAGGCCAACGGGCGAAGCGGGAGGGGGGAGCGCGAGCGGGAAGCGGCGUGUGCCGAGCUGCCCGAGGCGGCAUCCUUCCGCGUCGACAACAAGCGCUUCUACUUCGACGUGGGCUCCAACAGGUACGGUGUGUUCCUCAAAAUCAGCGAGGUACGCCAGCCGUACCGGAACACCAUCACGGUGCCGCUGAAGGCCUGGGCCCGCUUCGGUGAGAACUUCAUCAGGUACGAAGAGGAAAUGAGGCGCCUGUUCACCUGCCGCAAGGAGAAGAGGACAGAGGCGCAGGCGGACAGCGAAGAGCGCGAGGAUUGACGGCGGCCCGCCAUCUAUGUUCUGUUGCAGUAUGUCACAGUGCUCCGGUUUAUACAAUAUCCUCAUACAUGUUUCAAACAGUGUACCUCUAUAGCCUGUUCAAGUACCGUACUGUACUGUACAACUCCGAUCAAUCACAAUAGCACUUUUACAUUCAGCAGUACUGUUUUUUUUUUUUUUCCUCUUUUAGUUCAUUUUAUGAACGGUUGGCGUUUGCUUGAAAUCAGGUUGUGUAUGAGCGAUAGCCUAAGAUUUUUUUUUUUGCUCACAUUAAGAAGGUCUAAACACGAGAUGGAAAGGUCCAGAUGGAAAUGUGCAUCAGCAAUCUGCAGUCAGGCUGAAGCGCGCGCGCUCGUCUGUGGGUGUGCGUGUGCGUAUGCAUGUGCGUGUGCGUGUGUGCGCGCGCCCCGACGUACUCGCGCGAUUCGUUGAAUCUAGUAGCAUUUAAAAUGCCCGUGUUACACAUGCAGAGUUAGUGCACUAUACAGAGUGAUCAGGUUGUGCAGCUUGGCGGUGACGCAUGACAUGACCAUGUGCACUCUUACAGAAAUGUAGGCUCGUCUCUGAAUAGAAAAACAGUUCUAGUGAAAGGUAUCUGAUAUUAGCAGAAUGAAUCAGUGUGGUGUAAAUUUGGCAUGUUGGGUAAGACAUGUAUAACACUAUGACAGAGGCAGUACUAGACAUUAUUCUUGGGCGAAAAAGGUUUUAGAAUAUUACACGACGUCAUCAAUAUAUACCUCCUGGAUACACUAAUACACAUCAUCUUUCUCCAAACAAUUCAGGAGAAAGGUUCAAGCUGAAGUAAUGUCAGUCAGACAAACGUGUAAUGAUCCCGACUGCUUGCUUUUGUUAGAUUCUUCAGUGGCUCGUUCAGCAAACGUACAAAUAUCACCCAUUACUUUUAAUAUUAAUAUGUUUAACGAAAGGUUACAUGCACCAAGUGGAGACUCAUUUAAACAGUGGGUCUGGUGGAGUUAAAAGAGGGUUACACCUUGGAUUAUAAUACUGUCACAGUUUUCCUUAUAAAGCUAUAAAGAUACAAAAAAAAGAUAUAAAAUUAAUAUUGAAAUAUCUGAAUAUAGAUAAGAUUGAAUUGAUCAUAUACCCAAUAUCAUGAGCACAAUAUGUUUAAAACGUGUAAAUAGGUCUCCAGUAAAGAUUAAUAUAAAAAAAGAACACUAAUGUUCACGUAAAUGGGAGCCCCUUUCCUCCUCUCUGCAUCAUCUGAGAGUGAUAAUAGCUGAAAUUAAGAGAAUCAACAGAUCUUGUGGCAUGUGGUUUCAGCAGUAAUGCACUAAAUGCUAAAUUUGCUAUUAGGUUAAUAGCUUGGGAGAAUUUGUGUUCUCCAAACACAGAUGCAGAUUUUAUAGAUUACAGAAGCGUGUGUUUUAGCCCAAUUACAAGCUGGAUUCACAUAUAGCCUACCUGCACAUUAGGUUCAGUUAAAUUGCCAUGAAUUAAGGCAGAGAAAUGUCAUCAACCCUGUAAUAUUUUAUUAUUAUUAUUAUUAUUAUUAUUAUUAUUUAUACAGAAGUGAAAGACGCCAGGGUUGUGAAAAUGUGGAGCUGAAUUUAGCAGCACUGAAGACCUGCUUAUUAUUUAGCAUAGUCCUACCAUUCUUAAUAGCGGACGACCAGUGGAUAGCCACAUCAUAGCCUAAAUAAUAAUGUUAUUAAAAUACAAAACUUACAGGAUAUUGUUAAGGGCUUUACAGCAUGCAUUUUUAAAAGGGGACUUCAUAUCGUAACUGUUUUCACAGUUUAACAGCUCUAAAGACCUUUUCAAGGUGUUAACCAACGGAAGACAUUUAGUAGCGCUGUCUUGGCGUUGCCAGUUCCCUUUUGAGGACAGCACAAAUGUUUAAAGCACUCUUAUAUAAUAACACUAAAUAAUGUUUGUCUUAUGAUUUAUUUUCAUUCCAGUUGUAUGCAUUGCCGGUGUUGUGCAAUUGCUGUGGAAACAUACAAGGACACAGUAAAUCUGAAACAGUAAAAAAAAAAAAAUAAAUAAAAUAAAAAAAAUCCAUAAAAAAAGCGUGUUCAAAAUGUUAGAGAUUUUAUUAGAGUAGUGAUGUUUAUUAGACUAUAGUGCAAUGAAAGCAGCGUUUCUCAUUAAGUCACUCAUUAACCUCUAAACUGACUGUCCUUCAAAUGCCUUUUCUAUGAGGACAUCACAUUUGUCCUCAUAGCACAACUAAACUUAGAGGUUAACUUGCUGAAACGGAUAAAUCCCCUCGUACUUAUUAAUAACGUGUGUUGAGAAAUACACUCGAGCAUGUUCACGUAUGCAAAUAUUGUCCAGCUGACAAAAAAGCAAUCCUUUUAUCAAUUCCUAUUGGUUGUUAGUGCUUUAAAUGACUUCGAUAGUGUUUUUUUUUUUUUUUGGACCCUCAGUGAUUUUAGAUCAGUUGUAUCUAUUUCUCAUGUAAUUUCUCUAUUUCUGAAGGUAAGGAAACUCUAUAAUGUGGGCUUAGCUCACAUGGCUGACAUGAGACGUAGGCAGCACUUCCCACAAGCACUUUAUUCAAACAGCACUUUUAGCUGCUGCUGCUGUUGCUGCUUUUACUAUUCAAUCUUACAAGGAGUAGCUGUGUGACUACAAGGAGGAGUCUCAUUCAUUUCGAAAUAGCGACAAUCAUACACCUAAAACAAACAAACAACAUUUCACUAUAAGUACUUACUGAUAAAGAAAAUACAGCACAUAAAAAAUGCCCUGCAGAAGUAUUAUGUGACUUAUGUGACCUUAAUAAUAGUGUUUUAUGACAGCUAAGGUCUCACAGUGCAAAAAAAGCAAUGAAAUAUUAUAUAAACAAAUAUAUACUGCGGGUAUAAUUGGCAGUUCAUUGGAAUUCCUCCUUUCAGUCCAUCCAUACAUAUUGUAUGAUGAGAGUUGCCUCAAGUGCAACAUUUCCGCUAGCAGUGCACUUGUGGGUUUGUAUUUUCUGGGCAUGGAUUACACCUAGUCUCCGUCUAAAUUGUCAGGGGUAAGAUAAUCUAGGAGUAGUCCAGAAAACCUGCCCUGUCUGACAGUUCAUCUUGCUUUUUUUCAUUAACACUUUAACAACUGUGGUUAUUACCUCUAUUAUGAAUUCUUUCUUUUUCCUAGUCAUUUUUUUAACUAUUUCAGGGCUCACUCAUUCUGGGCAUUGACACAGCAUAGGUUCUAUAUUAAGGUUCUUUAAUCGUAUCAGAAUAUUAAUCUUAUUUCUAAGUUUAAAGGCUGUACCCUUGAAAAAGUGAUAAAGGAGUAAAGGCCAUAAAGGAUGUUACCUCUAAACAAUGGAUAGUACAGAUAAAGCAAACGUAGAACAGAUUUUAAAAUAACGUAUGCACUUUAAAACUGUAUCCACGUUUGUUCCCUUGACCUCAAAGAAAUAUCUAAAAUGAUGUUGUAUGGAAAAUGAUCACAGAUCUAUAGUGUGUCAUAUGGUACCAUUUUAUUCAGGGUGGUAUUGGUAUACAGACAUUGUGUUUGCUUUAUCAUUAGUUUACACUAAUUUUCUUUCCUAGUCGUUCAGGAUGAUUUUGCUAGAAAUUUGAGAAAUUCAGUAAUCCGUGAGGCUGUUUGAAAAAGUUAGCCUAUUACAUUGCAGCUAUCUUAGUUGAUCGUGAAACUUGAAUUCACUGAAUUGGACUGUUACAACGCAUCCAAGUAACACUUUUAACCCAUAAGCCUUAAAAUCAUUACAAUGUGAUUGUAAUGAUUUAGUUUAGGUUUAUGAUUUGUUGGUACAAUUUUGCGAUUUUCGUUCAUCACCAACAUGUUGUUCUUAUAGUUCUUUUCAGGAACAUGUCAGGCCUAGCAAGCAAACAUUUGAAUUGUGUAAAGUGUAACUGAGCAUUCCUGUCAUAUGAAUAAAGAAUUCAGAAAUAGCAGUUUCAAAAUAGCAGUCCAGCCAAAGGUCACAGGCCUCUUUUUGUGUUAAUAAAAGAUAGUUAGAUGUAGGUGAUGUGCUGUAAAGGUGUGGAAGCUUUAUUGAUUUUUUCCUUUUCUUUUGUGUUGAUAACGGCAUUUCUGCUGCAAUUGGAACUUAGAAGUAGUGUUUGAUAAAGGUUUAAAAAGAAAUGGUGAAAUAAAAUUGUUUCGGUGUAUCUUUUUGACAACGUAACGUACAUCAUUAGUGUGUCCUCCUGUAGUACUCUAGAGUAUUAUAAGACUCGAAACAAGAAAGCAAUUGUUCUGUAUUGUAGCACUUUUUUUUAAUCGUGUGUACUGUAUUAGUUCCAGUUUAAUAUGUAUGGUACUGUAUGAAUAUUCAUUAAUUGCCUUGUAAUGUUCGUAAAAGGUUGCAACAUGUAGGAUAUGUAUCUGAAGGUUACAUAACGUUUUUGUUUUUUCAAGUUCAUGCAUGCCGACAGUUGGGUCCUGUCUAACUCUAAAAAAAAAAAAAAAUGGUGCUAUAUAAUAAUAUAUAAAGGUGCUCAUACGGACCACAGCUGCAUGCAUGUCGAGUGAAAAAUUGAUAAAGUAGAGCAAACGUGAAGCUAGACAUUGGUCAAUCAAAAAUCAAGAUAUCCUCCAUGAGCAGAAGUGGGUUUGUGUAACUGUAAAUUAAACAAUCUAAUUCUUGGUCAGUUGAAACCUCAACAUCGUAACUGACCAAGAAACAGCAAGACUGCAUGACAGUUGCGUAAAUUUGCACCAGCAGUAGAGUGCAGUAAUCGUCAGCCCAUCUGAGAGUUUUGGGAAUAUACAUUCACUGUCCACUUUAUUAGGAACACCUGUACAUUCGUGUAGUUAGCUAAUCAGCCAAUCAUGUGGCAGCAGUGCAAUGCAUAAAAGAUACAGGUCAAGAGCUUCAGUUAAUGUUCACAUCAGACAUCAGAAUGAAGAAAUAAUGUGGUUUCUGUGACUUUAACUGUAGCUUGGAUGUUGGUACCAGAAAGGCAGGUUUGAGUAUAAACAGUUUAUAUUCAUAAACUGCCGAUCUCCUGGGAAUUUCACACACAGAAGUCUCUAGAGUUUACACAGAAUGGUUUGAAAAACAAAAAACACUGAGUGAGUGACAGUUCUGUAGGUGGAAACACCUUAUUAGAGAUAAGAGAGGUCAGAGGAAAAUGCCCAGAUUGGUUCAAGCUGACAGGAAGGAUAUAAUAACUAAAAUAAUCACUCUUUACAACCGUGGUGAGCACAAAAGCAUGCACAAAACAUCGAACCUUGAGGUAGAUGGACUACAACAGCAGAAGACCACAUUGGGUUCCACUCCUGUCAGCCAAGAACAGGAAUCUGAGGCUAUCAUGGGCACAGACUCACACCAACUUGUCAGUUGAAGAUUAGAAAAAAAAAAAAAAAAAAGUCACUUGGUCUUUUUCCACUCUUCAACUGUCUAGUUUCAGUGAGUCUCUGAUCUCAUGGGCACAGAUCUGAUCUCUGAUCUCAUGGGCACAGAUCUGAUCUCUGAUCUCUCUCAUUAACAGGGUGUUUCAGCCUGCUUACCCUCUGCUUACAGGAUGCUUUUGUUUUUCGCACAAUUCUGUGUAAACUCUAGAGACUGUUGUGUGUGAAAAUCCCGAGAGAUCAGCAGUUUCUGAAAUAAAAAAAAGUCAGCCCAUCUGGUACCAACAACCAUGCCAUGGUUAAAGUCACUGAGAUCACACUUUUUUUUCCCCUCCAUUCUGAUGUUUGAUGUGAACAUUAACUGAAGCUCUUGACCUGUAUAUGCAUGAUUAUAUGCACUGUGCUGCUGCCACAUGAUUGACUGAUUAAAUAACUGCACGAAUGCGCAGGUGUACAGGUGUUCCUAAUAAAGUGGAUGGUGAGUGUGUAAAGUGGACAGUGUGUGUGUAUAGCUUUUAUCCAGAAUCAUUCUCAUGUUUAAAAGCUUUGUCAAGGAUACCUGCACCAAAGUAAAUGCUGAGAAUGAAAUGCCUAUUUACAGUUACGCAACCUUUAUGUGGAUAAACUCCAAAAGAUCCAUAGACAAUCUAAUCUAAUUAAAAUGAAAACUUUUUAUGCUCAUAUUUCAAAUGUUUUUGUCUUUUUUUAUUAACGUGUGUCACAGAGUAUAAGAAAAGAGAUAUAUUGCAGAUUGUUAAGUGGAAAGAUAUGUAAGCCUAUGCUUUUAAAACAAAGGGGAAUGUGGUUAUGUUGGUUGUAUCUAUCUUUGUUCCUUUUAAUAAAAAUCAAAGAACUGAAA